AUGGGUGAUCCAUUUUGUAGAGCCUGUGGGGAGCACCAGGAAACAGUGGAACAUCUCCUAUUAAGCUGUCCAAGUACCUUAGACAUAUGGAAGGUGGCCCCAAUUCAAUGGGAUGGAGUUAGAGACCAGCAAGAAGAUUUUAAACGAUGGUGGUGCAAGAUAUCAAAGGCAAAGGCAAGACUAGAAGGAACACAACAUAUUGGAUUGACUGCAAACAUUUUGUGGCAAGUGUGGAAAGAAAGAAACAAACAGCUUUUCGAAGGCCAAAGCAGAAGUCAUCCAGUGAGGACGGUGAGCAAGGCUCAGAAGGAGUGGCUAGAGCAAGAGGAACUAAGGACAACUAAAGACAGAAUGAGCACAGGAGAAACAGUUUCUACUCAGACAGUGCAUCAUCAGGAGAAUGAAGAUGAGGAGUCCAUAGCACUACAAGUGAUCUCAACUAGUUGGCAAAGGCAAUUGUCAACUGGAAUUGGAGUCAUAGCUGAGACAUCUUCGCACACAAGGAUUGCAAAAUGGGCACUAAAGGAGAGAUCACUUGGAACCAAGCUUCUUGAUGAUGCAGCAGCGGUCAAACUGGUCUUGUGUAAAACUUUGGAACAGCAUUGGGACAAAAUCAAAAUUUUGCUCCAGAACAAAGAGUUACUAAGACAGUUAAAGAAUCCAAGCUCCCUAGACAGUUGUUUAACAACUCUGACUGAUGACAUUAUGGAAUUACAGAAAAUAUUUCGUAUGUGCUCUUUUGAGCUAGCCAGGGGAAGUAUUAUGACAACAUGUAAAAGUUUAAGUUCUUAUGCCUUAGGCAUUGUUGUGGAUGAGGAAUGGUAUUUUCCUCAGUGCAAUUGA